CGCCUGCGUCGAAUAUCCGAUGGCCUCCUCGCGAAUGAUGUCGGCUCGUGCGUCUCCUUCACUGGGGCGCCUCCGCGGCGCCAAACCCGCGCUCGUCUCUCGCCCCGGUCGCGUCGCGCCCCCGGUCCGUGCGUCUGCCGCCCAGCGGGGCAGGGGAUCGACCGAUGAUUACGUCGUCACCCUGGUGAACAUCUCGGUCACACCCGGGAACGAGGAAGGGUUCGUGGCGCAUUCCGUGGACAACGCCACUAAUAGCGUCGAGGAGCCCGAUAACCGCCGGUUCGAUGUCCUGCAGGACCUCGACGAUCCCUCCAAGUUUGCGCUCCUCGAGGUCUACUCCACCUCCGAGGGAAACGACGCGCACCGGGAUCUCCCGCACUCCAAGGCAUGGAGGGAGGGCGUCAAGGACUGGAUGGCCGAGAAGAGGACGUGGAGUGUGUACAAGCCGGUGUACCCUUGGGCGGGACUGUGGGGUACCGCGGCGGCGUCCAGGCGCGCGAAGGACGGCGUGCAGCAGCCGGUGCAGGCCGCCUUCCUCACCCUCGACAAGGACGGCGACACGGCCGGCGCCAAGGCAGCCGCGGAGGACACCAAGCAAAUCACGCACGUGCACGUGACCUGCAAGCCGGGGACGGAGGACGAGUUCAUCGAGGCGUGCCUCGCCAACGCGGCAUCCUCCGUCCUCGAGCCCGAUAACUUAAGGUUCGACGUGCUGAGGCACAGGGACGAGCCCAACAAGUUCAUGCUCGUCGAGGUGUACGCCACGAGCGAGGGACCGGUGGCGCACAAGGCCACGCCUCACUACAACGAGUGGCGAACAACCGUUGAGCCGUUCAUGCAGGAGCCGAGACGGGCGAGGAAGUUUCGCGCGGUGUUCCCGACGGACCCUGCGGCGUGGAAGAUGACGCUGAACGAUAACUGAGGGGACCGGGGAGGACGCAUCGUGUACCCAAUAUAGCAACACCACC